AAUUAGCGUAGUGUGGUUUGAACACGUGUAUUAUUCGCUCGUAAAGUUCAAAAUAUUCACAGAAAAUGCAAGAAACUAUUAAAAUGGAGGUUGACGAUAGCAUAGUGAAAGAUGAAAAUAUCGAUGCUCCAGAAAUCAGUUACGAGGAAAAACUACGAUUUGUGAAUACUAUCUCCAAACCCAUGGCACCGAAAAAACUAACCAAAAAAAUUUACAAAUGUAUAAAGAAAGCGUCCAAACAUAAAACAUACCUGCGCAACGGUUUAAAAGAUGUGCAGAAACAUCUUCGUAAAGGUGAAACAGGUUUGGUCGUCUUUGCUGGAGAUGUCUAUCCUAUAGAUAUUAUGUGCCACUUACCAAUUGUGUGCGAAGAUAAAAAUAUUCCUUAUUGUUUUACUCCAUCGAGAAUGGAUAUUGGUGCAGCAAUGGGCAUGAAACGUGGCAGUCUUAUGGUGCUUGUAAAGGAACAUUCUGACUAUAAGGAGCUGUAUGACGAAAUUACACUUGCGAUGAAGACACUUUCCUCACCUCUAUAGAGACAUUGUAUAGAGGCAUUCAAUUCUUCAUUGAUUAAAAGUCUCUUGUAUGUA